CUCGCUCGUUGCCGUUGGUGAGUUUCUUCCAUUAUGGCGGAGCGGCCAGCCGUGCGGAUGGACUGUCUCUCCCACUCUGAUGCUUGUUUCGCGUCUUGAGGAGGGAGGGUGUUUUAUUUUUCAUUUUUUAACAUUAACCCGGCGACAGACUGGUUUCUUUUCAACUCGACAACACUCUUGUUUAUCGGCGAAGCCAUGGCAGACCGCGGCGUGGAUUUGUCCGCCCUGCCAAAAGAGGUUAGAGACCAGUUGGCGGAGUUGGAUCUGGAGCUGUCUGAAGGUGACAUCACGCAGAAGGGCUAUGAGAAGAAGAGAGCCAAGCUGCUGGCCUCCUACAUCCCCCAUUUGCCAAAUGUGGGUCUGUCUCUGCCAGAUGUACAGCUUUCCCCAGGCCACAGUGCGGACCCCAGCCCAAGUCCUGAGGCCCCGGGCCCCUCCACCUCUUCAGCCUCCAGACACCACCGUGCACACCGCAGUGGAGGGGCCAGAGAUGAGCGCUACAGAUCAGACAUCCACACGGAGGCUGUGCAGGCAGCACUGGCCAAACACAAAGAAGAGAAGAUGGCGCUACCCAUGCCAACCAAGAGACGCUCAGCCUUUGUCCAGUCUCCCAUAGAUACCUGCACACCUCCAGACACAUCUUCUGCAUCAGAGGAUGAGGGCUCACUGCGCAGAAAGGCGGCUCUCAGCGCAGUGCUGGCUCAGAGCCUGCAGAGCCCCGAUUACUGGAUCAACCGUUCCGUCCAAAGCUCCUCCACAUCCUCGUCUGCUUCCUCCACCCUCUCCCAUGGAGAGCCCAAGACCCAACCACAGCCCCAGCUUCAGCCAGCUGCCUCCGUGUUGGCCGACGUACUCGCCCACACACGCAUAGAAAACAGUGUCCCCCCAGAUGUGACAACCUCCACUCCCCAGGAGAGAGGGUCCAGGGUGGACCUGCCUCCGGCGGUCAGGGGCAUGAGCCGUGGACAAAGCCGCUCCAGCAUGCUGGAUACUGCUGACGGCGUGCCUGUCAACAGCAGGGUGUCCACUAAGAUCCAGCAGCUGUUGAACACACUCAAACGGCCCAAAAGACCACCACUCAGCGAAUUCUUCCUGGAUGACUCUGAGGAGAUUGUAGAAGUUCCCCAGCCGGACCCCAACACCCCAAAACCCGAGGGACGUCAAAUCAUCCCGGUGAAGGGGGAGCCCCUUGGAGUGGUCAGUAAUUGGCCUCCUGCCCUUCAGGCUGCUCUGGCCCGCUGGGGGGCCACCCAGGCCAAGAGUCCUGCCCUCACUGCUCUGGAUAUUACUGGCAAACCCCUCUACACACUCACAUAUGGAAAACUAUGGAGUCGCAGUCUGAAGCUGGCCUAUACACUGCUGAAUAAACUGGGCACCAAGACGGAGCCUGUCCUACAACCUGGAGAUCGGGUGGCCCUGGUGUAUCCCAAUAGUGACCCUGGCAUGUUCUGGGUGGCUUUCUAUGGCUGCUUGUUAGCUGAGGUCAUCCCUGUGCCCAUUGAGGUACCACUGUCACGACAGGAUGCAGGUAGCCAGCAGAUUGGGUUCCUGUUGGGCAGCUGUGGUGUUAGUCUGGCGCUGACCAGCGAGGUGUGUCUCAAAGGGCUGCCCAAGACGCCAAACGGAGAGAUCAUCCAGUUCAAAGGAUGGCCAAGAAUGAAAUGGGUGGUGACAGACACCAAGUACCUGACCAAACCCUCCAAAGACUGGCAGCCUCACAUCCCCACCGCCAACACAGACACCGCCUACAUAGAAUACAAAGCAAGUAAGGAGGGAACAGUGAUGGGAGUUGCUGUGUCCAAGAUCUCCAUGCUGACUCACUGUCAAGCCCUGACCCAGGCCUGUAACUACUGUGAAGGAGAGACACUGGUCAAUGUGUUGGACUGCAAGAAGGACAUGGGCCUGUGGCAUGGCGUCUUAACGAGUGUCAUGAACAGAAUCCACACCAUCACAGUGCCAUAUGCAGUCAUGAAAGCCUGUCCUAUGUCCUGGGUGCAGAGGGUCCACAUUCACAAAGCACGUGUGGCCUUGGUGAAGUGCCGUGACCUCCACUGGGCCAUGAUGGCCCACAAGGACCAGAGAGACACCAACUUGUCCUCCAUACGUAUGCUUAUUGUGGCUGAUGGAGCAAACCCAUGGUCUGUGUCGUCAUGUGAUGCCUUCCUGAAUGUGUUCCAGUCUCAUGGUCUGAAGCCUGAGGUCAUUUGUCCAUGUGCCACCUCUCCUGAGGCCUUAACUGUGGCUAUACGCAGGCCUGGUGCACGAGGAGCUCCACUGCCAGCCAGAGCCAUCCUGUCCAUGGGUGGGCUGAGCCACGGCGUGAUCAGGGUGAACACAGAGGACAAAAACUCUGCUCUCACUGUUCAGGAUGUGGGCCACAUUAUGCCUGGAGCUCUGAUGUGCAUUGUGAAACCAGAUGGGCCUCCUCAGCUGUGCAAGACAGAUGAAAUAGGAGAGAUUGUGAUCAACUCUCGGGCUGGAGGCACCAUGUAUUACGGCCUGCCUGGUGUCACCAAGAACACAUUUGAGGUGAUCCCUGUCAACCAAGCUGGAACACCCAUUGGAGAAAUCACUUUUACCCGAACUGGUCUGCUGGGAUUUGUAGGACCGGGGAGUCUGGUGUUUGUUGUGGGGAAGAUUGAAGGGCUGCUGAUGGUGAGCGGGCGACGCCACAACGCCGACGACCUGGUGGCCACAGCGCUCGCAGUGGAGCCUGUCAAAACCGUUUACAGGGGGAGGAUUGCUGUGUUCUCAGUGACAGUGUUUUAUGAUGAGAGGAUAGUGAUUGUGGCAGAGCAGAGGCCAGAUGCCAGUGAGGAGGACAGCUUCCAGUGGAUGAGUCGAGUACUGCAGGCCAUCGACAGUAUCCAUCAGGUUGGUCUGUACUGUCUCGCGCUCGUCCCAGCCAACACCCUCCCCAAGACGCCACUCGGAGGCAUUCACAUCUGCGAAACCAAGCAGAACUUUUUGGAAGGAAACCUGCACCCCUGUAAUAUCCUCAUGUGCCCUCACACCUGCGUUACUAACCUGCCCAAGCCACGACAGAAACAGCCAGUGGAUGUCGGCCCAGCUUCCAUGCUGGUCGGCAACUUGGUGGCGGGGAAACGGAUCGCUCAGGCUACAGGCAGAGAGCUGGGUGUGGUGGAGGACCAGGAUCUGAUCCGAAAGCACCAGUUCUUGUCUGAAGCUCUGCAAUGGAGAGCCCAAACCGACCCAGACCAUGUCCUGUAUGUGCUGCUCAAUGCCAAGGGGGUGGCAGUGUGCACAGCCACUUGUGCUCAGCUACACAAGAGAGCAGAGAAAAUCACAGCAACCUUAAUGGAGAGAGGAGGCCUCAACACAGGAGACAACGUGGUGCUGCUUUAUCCCCCAGGUAUUGACCUGAUCGCUGCCUUCUAUGGUUGCCUGUACGCGGGGGUCAUCCCUGUGACAGUGAGGCCUCCUCACCCACAGAACCUGGCUGCUACUCUCCCCACUGUCCGCAUGAUCAUCGACGUGAGCAAAGCAGCCUGCAUCCUCACCACUCAGCCUCUCAUGAGGAUCCUCAGGUCCAGGGAGGCUGCUGCCAGCGUCAACGUCAAGACAUGGCCCACAAUCAUUGACACAGACGAUCUCCCCAGAAAGCGGCCCCCGCACAUCUAUAAACCCCCCACAGCUGAGAUGCUGGCCUACUUGGACUUCAGUGUGUCCACCACAGGCAUGUUGACUGGAGUCAAGAUGUCUCAUGCUGCAGUCAGCACUCUGUGCCGCUCCAUUAAGCUGCAGUGUGAGCUCUACUCCUCACGCCAAAUAGCCAUCUGUCUGGACCCAUACUGUGGCCUGGGCUUCGUCCUGUGGUGCCUCUCCAGUGUUUACUCAGGUCACCAGUCCAUCCUUAUCCCUCCCCUGGAGCUGGAGAGCUCGCUGCCUCUGUGGCUGAGCACGCUCAGUCAGUACAAGAUCAGAGACACCUUCUGCUCCUACUCUGUCAUGGAGCUCUGCACCAAAGGCCUGGGCACCCAGACAGAGAUGCUGAAGGCGCGAGGUCUGAAUCUGUCGUGCGUGCGGAGCUGUGUGGUGAUAGCAGAGGAGCGGCCUCGUCUCGCUCUCACACAGUCCUUCUCCAAGCUCUUCAAAGACCUCGGCCUGUCGCCGCGCGCCGUCAGCACUGCCUUUGGCUCCAGGGUCAACCUGGCUAUCUGCCUGCAGGGAACUGCUGGACCAGACCCCUCCACCGUCUACGUUGACAUGAAGUCUCUGCGUCACGACAGGGUGAGGCUGGUGGAGCGAGGAGCGCCACAGAGUCUUCCACUCAUGGAGUCAGGCACUAUCCUGCCGGGAGUGAGGGUCAUCAUAGUCAACCCGGAGACCAGAGGCCCGCUGGGAGAUUCGCAUCUUGGGGAGAUCUGGGUGAACAGUCCUCACAGCGCCAGCGGCUACUACACCAUCUAUGGGGAGGAGAGCCUGCAGGCAGAUCAUUUCAACACCAGACUCAGCUUUGGGGAGCCCCACACUCUGUGGGCCAGGACGGGCUACCUAGGCUUCAUCAAGAGGACUGAGCUACUGGAUGCAAGCGGAGAUCGUCAUGAUGCCUUGUUUGUGGUGGGCUCCCUUGAUGAAACAUUGGAGUUAAGGGGCUUGCGAUAUCACCCCAUUGACAUCGAGACAUCUGUGUCCCGAGCCCAUCGCAGCAUCGCAGAGAGUGCUGUGUUUACAUGGACCAACCUGCUGGUGGUGGUGGCGGAGCUGAGCGGCUCGGAGCAGGAAGCCUUGGACCUGGUGCCCCUCGUCACCAACGUGGUCCUGGAGGAGCACCACCUCAUCGUCGGAGUGGUGGUCAUUGUGGACCCCGGGGUGAUCCCCAUCAACUCCAGAGGAGAGAAGCAGAGGAUGCACCUGCGAGACUCCUUCCUGGCAGACCAACUGGACCCCAUCUACGUGGCCUACAACAUGUGAACGCCCCCCCUACCAACCGAUGCAGAAAACUGAGCCAGGCUCUGAGGACAGACGUGAGGGAGAAGGAAUUGGGGUGCGUUUCGGUAGCAACCCCGAUGUUAAACCUCAGACACACACUCAAAACACCAAACAAUGCGGGAAUGCGAGCACAGUACCAGUGCUGUAAUGAGAACGUGCUUCCCUCUCAAAAACCGUUCCUUCUUUGCUUCCACCUGCUCGAUCGCUGCAGUCCAGGUUCACUGAGAUUUUCUCUCCUCUUAAUAGUAGACACACCUGUCAACUGGAGGAAAUUUGAUCAUCAUCCUCUCUGUGCAUCCCACUUCUCCCUCAUAGCCCCAAUUCAUGUUUUUUAUAAGACAUUUUCAAUUACAUACCUUCAUCAAAGAAAGAAAUCCUACCCUCCUUCCAUUCCUUGGUUUUUAUCCUGAACCAUUCAUCCCUGUGUGUUUGUGUUUUUCUUUUUUAACCCCCUCGGGGCAGGGUGGUGCACUGGAACUGCUGAGAGGAGCUGGAACUUUCCCCUUUGCACUUUGAAGUCCUUGCACCUCUGAGUCCACUUCCUGUCUCACCUGCCUCAAGAGGACACCCCCCACCCCACCCCACCACAUCCCCAGUUGUCUGCUGCUGUCACAAGGGCAAAUCCACAUCAGUAUUAAAAAGCGCCACCAGCAAGUGCAGCCCACAGGGGCGAUCCUGACAUAUUACCUUCUGACUAGGUGCACUGUGGCUUUCACCUCCCAUCACAUUCUGUACUUGCCAGCAGACAUGCUGUCAGCAUUCACACAUUACAAAAUGUCCUAAAAAAAAUACACUUGAAUCAUUUGUUGGUGUGGGAAAAGAAAGACUCAAACCUGGAUAGUAAAGAUAAAACAGACUCUUCAUUUGCAGUGUGACUAGGAGUUGGUAGUUCUCAUGAUUGUGAUAGUACUAAUUUUUUUAAAAGCACCAAUUUUCAGAAGAAGAGUUGAAGCUAUGCCUGGUGUUUAGGUGUGCAUGCUAAUUUGGAAGUCAAUUAAUGUCUACGUAAGGGUCAGAAAAAAAAGAAAAGAAAAAACAUUUAAAAAACACUUACUGCUGUUCUGAAAGUAUUUCCAGUAAUAAAUAUAUAUAUAUAUAUAUAUAUGUAUGCUGCAAGGACACUUCAUUUCCAGCCACCAUCUUUGUUUGGAUUAGGAAAUGCAGUUGCAACAUGGGAAACUUUUUUUUUUUUUAAAUCAUGCAUCAAACACAGCUUUUUUUUUCAUCCAAUCCUUUCAGGAUUGUGUAAAUAUUUUCAGAACAGUGGUAAAUGUCAAAGAUUUUUUUAAAUGUAGCUGGGAAAAACUGAUGUUUAGCUCUGCAGAUUCAAAUGUAAUGUUAAUAUUGUCAGGGCAACAGAUUUAGGCUUGACAGUUUGACUGCUUGGAAACAGCUGUUGACCAAAAAAAAACAAAACAAAAAAAACUAAACUCACUUGCUUGUUCUGGGACUUUUGACCAUAUCACACUGCCUUCAUUAACUUACAAAGUUCUCACAGUUGUCAUGGACUUCUAAAAGAUCUAAAACUGCUCAGAAUAAAGGAAGGUUUGAACAUCUAUAAGUCAACAAGCUGAGCAAACUCUGCUGCUGACGACCAUUCUAUAUGAUUCAAAGCUUCAGAAGAAGUGAGUAAGUAACCUUGAGUUGAUUUUUUUUUUUUUUGUCAAAGGCUAGAGAGAGUUUCACAGGAUAAUUCACUGUCACUUGAACUGAAGUGAGCUGCUAGCUUUAUGUCUGUGUGCAGUUUCCCAUCCUAAAACAAAGAACAUCAACAUUUAAUGUCAAUGUCACAGUCGAUGUGGUAAAUAAUCAGAAGGCAGAACAGUGCCUUUGAAAUUGCGCCAUUGUGGUAUUUCCGAUUAUGGACUUAUGAAUUUCUUAAAAAAAAAAAAGAUAUCAAGAAUGAGGACAGAACUUUGCCUUACUAAACCUGUGGAUCCACAGUUCUUUAUACAUUUAGUCACUCCUCUCUGGCUGUAACAUUAGUGUAUGUAAAGGUCUGUUCCUCAAAACCCAUUCAUAUCAUAAUUGUUCUUUUUUAGAGGAGAGGGGGUGUCUUGUAGUUUUUAAGUUUGCAUUCAUGUCUUUUUCAUUUCACCAUUACCAUUUUAAACCAAUUCCUUCUGAAUGUCUGUAACACUGAAAAAACGAAGUUAAAUUAAGAAUGAACAGCAAUCAGCAAGCAACUUGUGAUUUAAAAAUGGCAGAAUCCUCCUUUAACAGGAAAAGGGAGGUGAUAAAUGAGGGUAAGGAUAUUGUCUGUAUACUGUAUUCUAGAGGUCAAAUACUGUAUUACUGGUGUUCAUGUGUACAUGGAAAUGAACUUUGUCGAUUAGAAAAAAAAACUUGACUGAUCUUUCAUACUUGACAGCAUUUUUCUGCAUUGUUAAUUUAAUGGUAUCACAUUGCAAAACAGAAAAAAAGGUUUCAGAUUAUUUUGGCAGGAACAAUGUGCACUUUCCCAAUAUAACUUUGUGUCUGUGUGUGCAUGUACAAGAGGGAGUGCGUGUGAGUGCGUGUGUCCAGUUUAAUAGUGAUAUUUGGCUUUUCUGGUGCAACAAGGUUUGUCUUUUGUAAGAAAAUGAUCCCAGAAUAUUAAACCAUUUUUUAUUAUUUCUUCUUCUUUUUUUUUAAAUGUCGCCUCCACUGUAUUUUUAAUUCUUUUCAUCCAAAAUUGGAAUUUAAUAUAUUUUAUAGGGUUUUCAUCAAUAUUUUCCUGAUAUAAUCUUUCUUUAAAACUGCACAACUUCUGCAAACAGCUGGUUUGCUUUAGAAGCAGCUUGACACACAAUACAGUACAUCGAUAUAAACCACUUUUCAUUCAGUGAUGGACACUGACAACAUGUAUGCGAGCCAGUAUCUGGGACAAGUUAGAGUCACUCAUGAAUAACAAACUGAAACUUCUGAGCUGCUGUGUGAUAAUUGCUUUGUUGCUACUGUUUCACUCCGACAAGUUUUAAUAAAGUUUUAUAAUUUCA